GCCAGAGGGACGCGUGGAUGUGGCAUGAGGACAUGGCACUGCCCUGACUGCUUGGCCAGCCCCAGAGUCACCCAGAGCGAUGCUGCCGUACCGCAGGGAGAGCCCGGCCAUGCCCCGCUGCCCGGUGCGGGGAGGAAGGGUGGUGCACGGGCCCCAGUUCGCCUACUGCCCCAGCCCCCCAGCUCUGCACAGGCUGCCGGGUGCCCACGCCUGUCCCUUCGCCGUGAGCACGGUGACUUGCCCUGACCAUGGCUUCCUGUGCCCCGGCUCCCCGGGGAGGCUGGUGGAGGGCAUGGAGCGCUACGAGCUGGACGCGCUGCCCUGGCAGGGGCCCCGGCUGGGCUUGGACGAGCUGCAGAAGCCAGAGCUGGGGUGCUGGGCGAGGGUCCAGUCCAUCUGUGUCUCCCUUCUCAAGGUGCCCCUGAUGUUCGGCUUCCUGUACCUCUUCGUCUGCUCCCUGGACGUGCUCAGCUCUGCCUUCCAGCUGGCCGGAGGCAAGGUGGCCGGGGACAUCUUCAAGGACAACGCCAUUCUCUCCAACCCCGUGGCCGGGCUUGUGGUGGGCAUCCUGGUGACUGUGUUGGUGCAGAGCUCCUCCACCUCCACCUCCAUCAUCGUCAGCAUGGUCUCCUCGGGGCUGCUGGAAGUGCGCUCUGCCAUCCCCAUCAUCAUGGGCUCCAACAUCGGCACCUCCGUCACCAACACCAUCGUGGCCCUCAUGCAGGCCGGUGACCGCAGCGAGUUCAAACGGGCUUUCGCCGGUGCCACGGUGCACGACUGCUUCAACUGGCUGUCCGUGCUGGUCCUGCUGCCGCUGGAGGUGGUGAGCGGGUACCUGCACCACGUCACCCGCCUGGUGGUGGCCACCUUCAACAUCCGCAGCGGGAAGGACGCCCCCGACCUGCUCAAGAUCAUCACGGAGCCCUUCACCAAGCUCAUCAUCCAGCUGGACAAGUCGGUGAUCACGGGCAUCGCCACGGGGGACGAGAGCCUGCGCAACCGCAGCCUCAUCCGCGUGUGGUGUGGCCCCGCGCCCCCCCAGACAGCUGCCGGGGGGCUUGGGGCCCCCCCAAACUGCAUGUCCCCCGGCCACUGCAGCGGUAACAGCAUGGAGAGCCUCCACAACGUCACCAGGCAGAAGUGUGAGCACCUCUUCACGGACACGCCGCUGCCGGACCUGGCCGUGGGGCUGGUGCUGCUGGCCGGGUCCCUCGUCGUGCUCUGCACCUGCCUCAUCCUCCUGGUCAAACUCCUCAACUCCGUGCUCAAGGGGCAGGUGGCCAAAGCCAUCCAGAAGGUCAUCAACACUGACCUCCCGCACCCGUUCAGCUGGCUCACCGGGUACUUUGCCAUGGUGGUGGGCGCUGGGAUGACCUUCGUCGUGCAGAGCAGCUCUGUCUUCACCUCGGCCAUCACGCCCCUAAUCGGCUUGGGGGUGAUCAGCAUUGAGCGUGCCUACCCGCUGACCCUCGGCUCCAACAUCGGCACCACCACCACUGCCAUCCUGGCCGCCCUGGCCAGCCCGGGGGACAAGCUGGCCAGCUCCUUCCAGAUCGCCCUCUGCCACUUCUUCUUUAACAUCUCCGGCAUCCUGCUGUGGUACCCGCUGCCCUUCACCCGCCUGCCCAUCCGCAUGGCCAAGGCGCUGGGCGAGCGCACGGCCAAGUACCGCUGGUUCGCCGUGCUGUACCUCAUCGUCUGCUUCCUCCUGCUGCCCUCCCUCAUCUUCGGCAUCUCCAUGGCGGGCUGGCGGGUGCUGGUGGGGGUGGGCGCCCCCUUCCUCGGCCUCCUCUUCUUCGUGGGCCUGGUGAACGCGCUGCAGGCGCGCAGCCCCGGCCGCCUGCCCAAGUGGCUGCAGACCUGGGACUUCCUCCCGGCCUGGAUGCACUCGCUGCAGCCGCUCGACAACCUCAUCACGCGCGCCGCGCUGUGCUGCACCGACCGCUGCCGCAGCCCCGAGGGCUGGGACGAGCGCGAGGGCGCAGCCCGCGACAAGGCCAGGCUGGGGCUGGACAACCCCGCGCUCUCCUACCCCGAGGAGGUGCCGGGUCCCGCGGUCCGGGUGGGCUCCCCCCGCCUGCCCCCGCACGGCGCCACCCGCCUCUAGUUGGUACCGGGCUCCUGGCCUCUGCGCUGGUUUCCAGUGUCCCCGUUCAGCUGGUGUCUAAUAAAGGCCGAGCACCCAGGUGUGUGAGGCUUCACCUGCCUGCCC